AUGGAUGCAAUGAGCCGAAGCGUGAGCAUCCUGAAACCCGGGGGGGAACGCUUCGAGCUGACCUUCGCAGAGGGCGACACGGUGACUACAUUGAAAAUGAAGCUGCAAAGUCUUUGCCAGAUUGAAGGAACAGCGCCCACACCAUGCACCUUCCAAUUUGUAUUUAGUUCAUACUGCUCGGCCUCGGACGGGUUGUUCUCUCACAUUGGGCACCCAGGUUGGGCAAUGCGAUUGAUUCAUGGUACAGAAGUAUUGCGUGGAGAUCAAAUCUUGGUGGAUUCCGGCAUUGCAGAUGGAGACUCGCUCACACUGGUCAUCUCAACAGCUCCAUGUGGCUACUACAGCUAUGUGAACAGAAGUGGCGAUGAAGGUGCCCCAGCUGGGUACAACACAUUUGUCUCCUUGAGUGCAAAGUUUGACACGAAUGGCCAAUGUUACAUCAGCAUGGUGGAGGAUGAGAUCACAUCGGCCACCUCAGGUGAUGAGGAUGAUCCAUAUGAUGAAUAUUCGAGUCAAGAGAAGUGGAGUCAGUCCUACACUUGUGAGCUUUGCAUGGAGGAUCGACAAUUGCGACUGAGCGUCCUGUCUUGCACCCGCCGGGGCGUUUUCAUCGAUAGCGUGGAAACCGCUCCAGAAGUGUUGCUGGGAGAGAUUUUGGAAGAUGGCAGCUUGGAUCUGCGUCAAAAGUUGCUGCCAAAGAUUAUCAGUGGCACGUCGGGAGGCGCCGCCAUUGCGGCGUACAUUUGCUGCCGCACCGAUGACGAGCUGCUCGGGGACUGCAAAGGAGCCACAUGGGGGCACUGUCAGACUUCCACAAUGCCCAUUUUCCAGGUGCAGCCCUCCAUCACGUUGUGGGCCGGCUCAUGGCUGGAGCGAGUGAGGCACUACAUCAAGUUUGGAUGUGUGUUCCCCCGCGAGCCCAUUGAGCGAUGGGCAGAGACUUGGGCUUUGGGAGAGACGACCUUCUUGGAAGCAUUCAAGCGCACUGGCCGGGUGUUGAACAUCACUUGCAGCAUUGUGGCGGGUGACAGCGGUGAGCAAGUGCCAUUGCUCUUGAACUACCAGACGCACUCGCACGUUUUGAUUGCAUCAGCGGUGAUUUGCUCCGGCUCUAUGCCUGGCUUGCUAAAUCCCAGCAAGCUAUUGGAGAAAUGCCCAGAGAGUGGGCUCAUUCGUGCACACUGUGAGCGGCAAACCUGCUAUGCUGAUGGCUCGAUUGACUUCGAUAUUCCAUCCCUCACGCUGGCGCAGGCCUUUGGGGUCCGCUACACGGUCGCCGUGCAGGUGAACCCUCACGUGACACCUUUCAACUUCGCCCCUCAUGGCGAAGCUGGCCGGCCCAUCAGUUGGAGUUCACCCUCGGGCCGUGGUCGUUGGCGCGGCGGCUUCAUCCUGUGUGCUUUAGAGGUGGUGUUGAAGGAGAGCUUCAGAUCUGCCUGGAAGGUCAUGGGUUUGCUUCAGCUGCUGCCUCGCUAUUUCGGAUGCAAAUGGGACCUCUUCUUUGCACAGGUCUAUGAGGGUUCAGUGACGCUGAGUACCGAGGAUGGCUACUUUUGGAAAUGUUUCAAUGCUUUGGAGAAUCCUUCGCAGGAAGCAUUCAGAUAUUGGUGGAGACAGGGCCGGCUGAUGGUUUGGCAAAAGAUGCCACUGCUGGAAGCUUGGAGCAAAGCAGCAGCGGCGGCGGUGGAUGAAGAUCCUGGUGAUCCACACAGAAGUCAGUUUGACAUUAAAAGAACAUAUGCCAAUGCAAUUAUAUGUGACAUAUGUGAUGGGUGA